AAGCGCCGCCUCGUUACGUGGCCGAAUGUUUUGUAACAACCUCGUGUAGCGUGACGUCACUCACUGAUUCCUUAUUCCCGGCUGCUGGCACUCAGUACUGCAGAGGACGCGGACGCCAUGACGCACCGCUCAAUCCACUGGUUCAGGAAGGGGCUGCGUCUCCACGAUAACCCCGCCCUCCUGGCAGCGAUGAAGGACUCUGUGGAGCUCCAUCCCAUUUUCAUUCUGGAUCCGUGGUUCCCCAAAAACAUGAGUGUUAGUGCCAACCGCUGGAGAUUCCUCAUCGAGACAUUGAAGGAUCUAGAUGACAGCCUGAAGAAAAUCAACAGCAGGUUGUUUGUGGUGAGAGGGAAACCGGCCGAGGUCUUCCCCCUGCUGUUCAAGAAGUGGAAGGUGACUCGCCUGACCUUUGAAGUGGACACGGAGCCGUACUCAAGGCAGCGUGACGCAGAGGUGGAAAGGCUUGCGGCUGAGCACAAUGUGGAGGUCAUUCAGAGGGUGUCGAACACCCUGUAUGAUAUAGACAGAGUGAUCGCUGAAAACAAUGGGAAGCCCCCUCUGACGUAUGUCCGCCUGCAGACGGUCUUGGCGUCUAUGGGCCCCCCGAAGCGACCGUGCCAUGCGCCGACACAGGAAACCAUGGCAGGUUGCUGCAGGCCGUGGAAAGCCUCGUAUGAAGAGGAGUAUGGCGUCCCCACAUUGGAGGAGCUGGGACAAGACGCCCAGGAGCUCGGACCUCACUUGUACCCCGGCGGGGAGAGCGAGGCACUGCGCCGGCUGGACCUUCACAUGAAGAGAACGGCCUGGGUGUGUAACUUUCAAAAGCCAAACACCGAACCCAACACUCUGACCCCCAGCACCACCGUGCUGAGCCCCUACAUGAAGUUUGGAUGUCUGUCGGCGCGGACCUUUUACUGGAAGCUGGUGGAGAUCUACCAGGGGAAAAAGCACUCCGCCCCCCCAGUGUCACUUCAUGGGCAGCUGCUGUGGCGCGAGUUCUUCUACACAGCGGGGGUCGGGAUCCCCAACUUCAACAAGAUGGAAGGGAAUCCCGUCUGCGUCCAGGUGGAUUGGGCUGAGAACAAGGAACAUCUCCAGGCGUGGAGUGAGGGCAGAACUGGCUAUCCCUUCAUUGACGCCAUAAUGACGCAGCUACGGACGGAGGGCUGGAUCCACCACCUGGCUCGGCACGCCGUUGCGUGUUUUUUGACACGUGGAGACUUGUGGAUAUCGUGGGAAGAAGGUCAAAAGGUAUUUGAGCUGCUUCUGCUGGACGCGGACUGGUCUCUGAACGCUGGGAACUGGCAGUGGCUUUCGGCAAGCGCCUUCUUCCACCAGUUCUUCAGGGUGUACUCCCCGGUGGCGUUUGGAAAGAAGACAGACAAAAACGGUGAUUACAUAAAGAAGUACCUGCCGAUUCUGAGGAAGUUUCCAGCGGAGUAUAUAUACGAGCCCUGGAAAGCGCCCCGCAGCCUGCAGGAGAGGGCCGGUUGCAUCGUCGGGAAAGAUUACCCCAAACCUAUCGUGGUGCAUGAGACGGUCAGUAAGCAGAACAUCCAGCGCAUGAAGGCGGCUUAUGCCAGGAGAUCGGGGGCCGGCGCCGAACAGACGCAAGGAUCAAGCGAUAAGAAUAAGAAGGGAGAGAAGAGGAAGGGGCCGUCUGUGGCUGAGCUCUUUAAGAAGAAGAAAAAGUAAAAGUUACUGAGCCCCCAAUUACAGCGGUCCCUUAUAGCGGAGAACACUCUGGUUUUACCUCGGACAAAUCACACUAACAAAUGUCUGUUAUCUGCCGCAGAAUGUGUAGGUGGCACAGUGCCAGCGUCCAACCAGGGCACAGCCUGUGGGUGUUUUCUUACUCAGGGAUUCCUUCUGUAUCAGUAGUUCUUAAACUCUGUUCUCAGGACCCCAAACAGUUCAUGUUUUCCAGUCCGGCAGGUGCACAGGUGUAGUCAUUGCUCACUGAGAUGUUUUAAAAGAUCCGCAGGUGCAGCUAAUUAUUUCACCUGUGAUUCUGUGAGGACUCCUGGAAAACAUGAACUGCUUGGGGUCCGAAUUUGAGAACCUUUGCUCUAUAUGUAUGAGUAUAUAAGGUGCUGUGUAAUAUAUUGGUACUAUACAUAAAGAUGACCAUUAGGUCUGUGUAAAAUGAACUUA